AUGGAUGGCGUGAUUCAUCGUUUGCUGUGGAGCAUGACGAAGGCUCCUUACGAAACGCAACUUCUAUUCAAAGCGUCAUUUCUGGUACCGGCAAAUAGAACCAUACAGCUCACCUACGAUGAACGAACAGGCUUCAUGUCGGCAUAUGCUGGUUAUCAGAUUCUGAGGGAAUCAACGAUGGUCAGGAUACAGGGCUUCAAGAUGAUGCACGAAACAUCGCUGGAUAUCUACAGACAACCAGUGUCUGUGAAAAUCGUUAUCGGUGAUGUACGAUUGUCCCUGAUGACAAUACGUGAUUCCGCAGGACGAGCGAUUGUGAAUGCUUGGCGUACAAUCGUGGGUGACUUCAAGGAAACUCGUAGUUUUGACGCCCAAGGGCGACUGGCAGGUCAUGAAAUGAACGGAAAGGAGAGGUGGCUAUUCAAGUACAACAAUGACAGCCGAUUAAUGCUGAUGAAUGACGUCGCGUGUGAAUGGCAUGCUGGAGGUGUUCCAAAGAAAGUCGGUCGUGUGGAGUACGCUGUCGAUGGAAAUGGAUGGACAGCUAAGAGAGGUGAUGUAACGUUUGAACUGGAUGGUUAUGGAAGAUUGAUUGGAGCACGAGGUCCAUCGAUUGAUAUGAAAUUCGACUAUGAUUAUCAAAACCGGCUCAUAUCGAUUGUUAAUGGAGCGACGCUGUACUCACUAUUCUACGCGUUACCGCAUUUACCUCGUCGUGUGUCACACUUCCAGUCGUCGUCUGAUUCGUCGGCGACGGCGAUUUUCUACACGGAAGAAGGGGUCCCGUUUGCGAUGAGCCGUGAUGGAUUCAGAUAUGCACUCGCAGUCGAUGACGAUGGCAGUCUGAGGUAUCUCCUGAGCGGAGUCUGGUAUAUCGAAACAGGAGAUCACCGCGAUCCCACUCGGCUCGGCUCAGCUGGGCUGACACUCAGGCAGCAAUUUCGGAACUCCACUGGGCUCCGUGUGGUGUGGACAUUCCGCAAUUGUCAGUGGUGA